AUGGAGAACCGGCCUGGGUCCUUCCAGUACGUCCCUGUGCAGCUGCAAGGGGGCGCGCCCUGGGGCUUCACCCUUAAGGGGGGUCUGGAACACUGCGAACCGCUCACGGUGUCUAAGAUUGAAGAUGGGGGCAAGGCAGCCUUGUCCCAGAAGAUGAGGACUGGUGAUGAGCUGGUGAAUAUCAAUGGCACUCCAUUGUAUGGCUCCCGCCAGGAGGCCCUCAUCCUCAUCAAAGGCUCCUUCCGGAUCCUCAAGCUGAUUGUCAGGAGGAGAAACGCCCCUGUCAGUAGGCCGCACUCAUGGCAUGUGGCCAAGCUGCUGGAGGGAUGCCCUGAAGCGGCCACCACCAUGCAUUUCCCUUCUGAAGCCUUCAGCUUGUCCUGGCAUUCCGGCUGCAACACGAGUGACGUGUGUGUGCAGUGGUGCCCACUCUCCCGCCACUGCAGCACUGAGAAAAGUAGCUCCAUCGGCAGCAUGGAGAGCCUAGAGCAACCAGGCCAAGCUACCUACGAGGGCCACCUCUUGCCCAUAGAUCAGAACAUGUACCCCAACCAGCGCGACUCAGCUUAUAGCUCCUUCUCGGCCAGCUCGAAUGCCUCUGACUGCGCCCUUUCCCUCAGGCCAGAGGAGCCGGGCUCUGCAGAUUGCCUCACGCAAGGCCCCGGGCCAACAAAAGCCCCUAAUGGCCGGCCCAGCAUGGCCGAGACCUCAGGAGGUAGCCGGCGUACCACCGGGGGCCCCCUGACUCCCAGCUCCCAGCUGUCAUCCCGCCCGCAGGAGGCCCACCACUCAGGGCCUGCCAAGGCUACCAGAGGCCCACCACAGCCUCCAGUGAGGCGAGAUAGUCUGCAGGCCUCCAGAGCCCAGCUCCUCAAUGGAGAGCAGCGCAGGGCAUCUGAGCCUGGGGACUCCUCACACCAGAAGGAGAAAGUGAGUUUAGACACCAUGCUAUCCCCAAGGAACCCGAGCAGGUUCUGCUGCCUCAGUGGGCAAGACCAAGUGGCAAAUGAGGGCCAGCAGAACUGUGAACUCAGCCAAGUUUCUGAAUCCAGCCAGCAGGACUCUGAGCAUCUACUGAUGGAGGCCUCAGCCAAAGCUGUCGGAUUCCCAAAAGUGUAUGAUAAAGCUUCCAGCGUAGAUUCCAGCCAGCUCAACAAGGCUUCGGCAGAGCUAGCUAAGACUUCAUCUUUUGGCAGUCCCCCACACCUCACAGGACUCACCAGGCAUCGCCACAGUGCCCCAGAACAGCUGCUGGCAUCCCACUUACAGCACGUGCACCUUGAUGCCAGGGGCAGCAAGGGCAUAGAGCUCCCAGCUGGGCAAGAUGGCCAUGAGUGGACUCUGUCACCUUUGCAUAGCAGCCACACAGGGAAGAUAAGUCCAUGUCCCCCUCCCGGAGGAGCCCAGGACCAGCCCAGCAAAGAAAGAAAGGCCAGACAACUGGAUGAUAGGCCCUUGGGUUCAGGGCAUCAGAGCCCAAGCAGUUCACCACACAGAGAGGCUGAUGGACACCCUCCAGAGAAAGGUUUCCAGGACCCAAACAGAGAGUGCCGAGCAGACAUUGACCUAGCCAGCCAGCAGCCCUCUGCCUCUGGCUCCCUUGUUCAACAAGCCAGGGACUGUUCUUCAACCACUAAAGGAGCUGGCAGCACAGAGGCCACUGAAGAAGGAGAGUGUGGCCGGGUGGGUGGUAGACGGAAUGGAGGGCCCCGGGGCCGCUCAAUCCAAAACAGGCGGAAGAGUGAGCGUUUUGCUACCAAUCUGCGUAAUGAAAUCCAGAGGAGGAAGGCCCAGCUCCAGAAAAGCAAGAACCCCUUGUCGCAGUUGUGUGACACUAAGGAGCCUGUAGAGGAGACUGAGGAGCCCCUAGAAAGUACUCCACUUCCUGCCUCUAACUCAUCUCUUCUGUCCUCAUGUAAAAAACCACCUAGCCCCAGAGACAAGCUCUUCAACAAGAGCAUGAUCCUCAGGGCUCAGUCUUCAGAGUGCCUCAGCCAAGCCCCAGAGGGCCAUGAAUCGACAGGCUUGGAGGGAAAAAUAAGCCCUGCCCAGAGGCCUGGCCAUCCCUCUGUGGGCCUGAACACCUGGUGGAAAGCAUCUGAGCCCUCCUCGUCAGACUCUGAGAAAACUAGUGUUCACCACAGAGUCCGUGGAGGUCACUGGCGGUGGUCUCCAGAGCACAACCUGCAGCCACAUGUGGCACUAGCCAUGGAAGGCCCUCCUAACCCAGGUGACAGCAAGGAAUUGAAGGCUUCUGCUACCCAAGCUGGGGAGGAAGCCAUCCUCUUGCCCUUUGCAGACAGAAGAAAGUUCUUUGAAGAGAGCAGCAAAUCCUUCUCUGCAUCUCAUUUGCCAGGUUUAACCACUCACAGCAGUAAGACUUUUACCCAGAGACCAAAACCUAUAGACCAAAAUUUCCAGCCAAUGAGCUCCAGCUACAGGGAACUGAGGCGCCAUCCGAUGGACCAGUCCUACCAUUCCACAGACCAGCCAUAUCGUGCUCCAGACCAAUCGUAUCAUUCCCUGUCACCCCUUCAGUCAGAAACUCCCACCUACUCCGAAUGUUUUGCAAGCAAAGGUCUAGAACAAUCCAUGUGCUGCAAGCCACUGCACUGCAGUGAUUUUGAGUACCGCAGGACCUGCUCUUACUCCUGUGGCAUCCAGGGAGCCGUAGUCCAUGACCCUUGCAUUUAUUGUCCUGGAGAGCUCUGCCCAGCUCUGAGGAAGAGAAACAUGAUGCCCAACUGCUACAGCUGUCGAUGCCACCACCACCAGUGCAUCCGAUGUGCAGCGUGCUAUCAUAACCCCCAGCAUGGUGGCCCUGAGGACAGCAGCCUGGCGCCUGGCACCACCUGGAAACCCAGGAAGCCCACAGUGCAGGAAUUUCCUGGGGACAAAUGGAAACCAAUAACAGGAAACAGGAAGACCAGCCAGUUAGGGAGGGAAAUGGCUCAUUCCAAGGCUAGCUUGUCUUGGGCAACACCGUUCCAUCCUUGCCUUGAGAACCCAGCACUGGACUUGUCAAGCUACCGAGCGAUCUCUUCCCUUGACCUUCUCGGAGACUUCAAGCACUCCUCGAAAGAAACAGAGGAAACUUCCGCUUAUGAGGAGGGGAGCUCCAUGGCCUCCAUGCCCCGCCCGCUGCGGAGUCGUGCCUUCUCAGAGAGUCACAUCAGCUUGGAGCCACAGAGCUCUGGGGCCUGGGGGCAGCAUAGGAGAGAGCUCUUUACCAAAGUUGAUGAGACCCAGCGGGAUCCUCUGGGAGCCCGAAAGAAGGCCUUUCCUCCUCCUCGCCCUCCUCCUCCCAACUGGGAGAAGUACAGGCUUUUCCGGGCAACCCAGCAGCAGCAGCAGCAGCAACAGAAGCAGCAACAAGAGGAGGAGGAAGAGGAGGAAGAAGAGGGAGAAGAGGAGGAAGAGGAGGAAGGGGGAGAGGAUGAAGGGGAGGAGGAGGAGCUGCCCCCCCAGUAUUUCAGUUCAGAAACCACUGGUAGCAGUGCCCUCCAUCCUGAAGAGGUCCUGGAGCAGCCACAACCCCUGGGCUUUGGCCACUCGGAGGCUUCGAAGCAGAGCUCACAGAGCCCCCCAGCAGAACAAGAGUCCUCUGGUCUCCACCCCAGCGAUUUCCUGCCUCCAGUGAGGGGCCACUUGGGAUCUCAACCUGAGAAGACUCAGCCCCCUUGCUGUUACAGUACGGGUGGGCUUUGGAGGACAUCAGAGAAGGAAAUCGCCAACUCCCCCAAACAAGAAUUUCAGCACUUCUCACCUCCUCUGGGGGCCCCAGGGAUGCCUACCUCUUACUCAGCCUAUUACAAUAUUUCUGUGGCCAAGGCAGAACUGUUGAACAAGUUGAAAGACCAACCCGAAAUGGCAGAGAUUGGCCUGGGAGAGGAAGAAGUUGACCAUGAACUGGCUCAAAAAAAGAUACAGCUUAUUGAGAGCAUCAGUAGAAAGCUUUCUGUCCUGCGGGAGGCCCAGCGAGGACUGCUAGAGGACAUCGGUGCCAAUUCUGCCCUUGGGGAGGAGGUGGAAGCCAACCUAAAAGCGGUCUGUAAAUCCAAUGAGUUUGAAAAAUACCGUUUGUUUAUCGGGGACCUGGACAAAGUGGUCAACCUGUUGCUGUCCCUCUCUGGACGACUGGCCCGGGUGGAGAAUGCUCUCAACAGCAUCGAUUCAGAGGCCAACCAGGAGAAGUUGGUGCUGAUAGAGAAGAAGCAGCAGCUGACAGGGCAGUUGGCAGACGCCAAGGAGCUGAAGGAGCAUGUGGACCGCCGGGAGAAGCUGGUGUUUGGCAUGGUCUCCCGCUACCUGCCUCAGGACCAGCUCCAAGACUACCAGCACUUUGUGAAGAUGAAAUCUGCUCUCAUCAUCGAACAGCGAGAGCUGGAGGAGAAGAUCAAGCUUGGGGAAGAGCAGCUAAAAUGUCUCAGGGAGAGCCUACUCCUGGGGCCCAGCAAUUUCUAAUCCACCAGCAGACUGACAUGCCGUCCCUGCCCAGACACAAUGGGAAGUGCUUUCAACCUUUGUUAGCAGUUUGUUAGCAAGUAGAUAGCAGUUAGUUAGCAGUUUGUUCCAUAGCCUCUACCUUGGACAUCUGUCACUGCCCCUCACCUAGCAAUGCCCCCAACCAGCUAGGAGUCCCUGAGGAGGCCCCAAACUUCUACCCUAGGGAGAAGCAAGAAGCAGGAGGUGCCUGCAGCAAGGUGUGAUUAUACAACCACAGUCUCCUUCCCACGGUUUGCAUAGGCAAGCACUCACUGCACACAGAACCAAAAAAUGUCUUCAUUCUUCUUGGUACCAGGACUCCAAAGACAUCAUGCACUCACCACCCAUCCACACCACAAUCAGCCUCUCGAGGCUCAGAGAGAAUCUGCCUGUGUAGCUCCAUCCUGCCCAAAGUUCAUUGCCCAGCCAUUUCCCACAGAGAUCUGAAUAUCUCGAAGGUAUCACUCACCAGCAAUUUAAGGGCCUCAUGUAAGCUUUGCAGUGGGAAGCACAGAAGAAGAUAUUACACGAAACAGAAUGUAAGCAAAGACUGGGAAUCCCUAGGUGCCCCUGCAGAAGCUAGGCUUACAC